UCACGGAGGCUUGUCUGUUACAGUAUGCGCGGUCCUUGGACUUAGUGUUGCCUAUGAUGGAACCUCUUUUUACGCUCACAGUUGCUGUCCAGUGUUAUUUUUCUGAGGGGACGUAAGACCAAAUCAACUACAGAUAGAGAGACCCACAGAACUCGUGCAACUUUCUACAACUGUUUUGUGUGCCUUCCUUCAGUUACUCAUGUAGCUAUACCAUGUCUCUGAAUCAGAAUUUCCCUCCUUUGCACUAAAUGACUGGCCUGCACUGGACAAUUCGCAGAAGCAGAGAAAAAUUCUCUGAAUCCCAGGCUGUAAAUGCUUGGGGAGUUAUUCACCGACAUGGAUGAUGCUGUUGCUGACCUUGCACUUGCUGACUCCUUGGACUGUUCUGAAAGCAAAUCACCAGAAACUAGCCGCGAACUGCAACAUUGCAUUUCAGAAAGUACUGGGGAGAUUCCUACCACUUUUGAUCCUGAGGUCGCAAAAAAAGCCUGUGAAGAUGUGCUAAAGAAGGUCAAACUUAAGCACACUGCCUCUAUGGGCAGUGAAGAUCAGGUGGAUUUUAGUGAAAUGAAAACUGUUUCAUGGAGUGGCUCAGAACUGACAAAUGGAGAUAUCAUGUAUGAUGCCAUGAGUGCAGGUGUAGAAAUAUCUUCAGGUAUGCCUGCAAAUAUUGAGGAGGAGGAACCUAUAAUGGACUUGAACACAGUAAAAACUGCCAGGAGGAGACAAAAAAACAACUCUGCCAAACAAUCCUGGCUACUGCGACUCUUUGAGUCAAAGCUAUUUGACAUCUCAAUGGCUAUUUCAUACUUGUACAAGUCAAAGGAACCAGGGGUACAAGCUUAUAUUGGGAAUCGGUUAUUUUACUUCCCGAUUGAGGAUGUAGAUUUUUUUUUACCACAGUUAGUAAAUAUGUAUAUACACAUGGAUGAAGAUGUGGGGGAUGCCAUUAAACCAUAUAUUGUGCACCGCUGCAGGCAGAGCAUCAAUUUUUCCCUUCAGUGUGCCUGGUUACUUGGAGCAUACUCCUCAGAUAUGCACAUUUCUACUCAGCGACACUCCCGGGGGACCAGACUUAGAAAACUCAUCUUGUCUGAUGAGCUGAAACCUGCUGUCAAGAAAAAGGAGUUACCAUCCAUGUGCUCAGUGUUUGAUACUGGUCUGUCUCCUUCUAAACGGACUCACCAGCGAUCUAAGUCAGAUGCUACCAUCAGCAUCAGCCUCAGCAAUGGUCUGAAAAGGACAGCCAGCAAUCCCAAAGUGGAGAAUGAGGAUGAGGAAUGGUCAUCGAGUUCAGAAAGUCUUGAGAGGUUAUUUGUUUCACAUCCAGUGAGACUGGCUCCAGAAAAAGAGUUUAUUAAGUCACUGAUGGGCAUUGGUAAAAGAUUAGCCAGUAUGCCAACUAAGGAGCAGAAGACUCAGCGUCUCAUCUCAGAACUGUCUCUGUUAAAUCAUAAGCUGCCAGCACGAGUUUGGCUUCCAACUGCAAGUUUCGAUCACCAUGUUGCCAGAGUACCGCCCACACAAGCAGUUGUACUGAACUCCAAGGACAAGGCACCCUAUUUAAUAUAUGUUGAAGUACUUGAAUGUGAAAAUUUUGAGACUUCUCCGGUUCCUGUACGAAUUCCAGAAACUCAAAUCAGGAGCACUAGAUCUGACGAAAAUCUUCCAGAAUGUGGUGUCACUCAUGAACAGCGAGCUAGCAGCUUUAUGACUGUUCCCAAUUAUGACAAUGACGAUGAGGCCUGGUCUGUAGAUGACAUUGGAGAGCUUCAGGUAGAGCUGCCAGAGGGUCACACUAACAGCUGUGAUAACAUUUCCCAGUUUUCAGUGGAUAGCAUUACAAGCCAAGAGAACAAGGAACCAGUUUUCAUUGCUGCUGGGGACAUCAGGCGGCGUCUUUCUGAACAGCUGGCUCAUACCCCUACAACAUUUAGAAGAGACCCUGAAGAUCCAUCAGCUGUGGCUCUAAAAGAACCUUGGGAGGAAAAAGUAAGGAGGAUCAGAGAAGGUUCCCCUUAUGGCCACCUUCCCAACUGGCGCCUGUUGUCUGUGAUUGUAAAGUGCGGUGAUGACCUCCGACAGGAAUUGCUUGCAUAUCAGGUCCUCAAACAGCUGCAGGCUAUCUGGGAGCAGGAGAGGGUGCCACUUUGGAUUAAAUCUUACAAGAUCAUCGUAAUCUCUUCUGAUAGUGGAAUGAUUGAGCCAAUUGUAAAUGCUGUGUCCAUUCAUCAGGUGAAAAAGCAGUCAUCACUGUCCUUGCUGGAUUACUUUUUACAAGAACAUGGAAGCUACACAACAGAGGCUUUCUUAACUGCACAGCGUAAUUUUGUGCAAAGCUGUGCUGGCUAUUGUUUAGUCUGUUACUUGCUACAGGUUAAGGAUAGACACAAUGGUAACAUUUUACUAGACUCUGAAGGUCAUAUCAUCCAUAUCGACUUUGGAUUCAUUCUGUCCAGCUCGCCACGAAAUCUGGGAUUUGAAACAUCAGCAUUUAAACUCACUGCAGAAUUCGUGGAUGUGAUGGGUGGUCUGGAUGGUGAUAUGUUUAACUAUUACAAGAUGUUGAUGUUGCAAGGCCUUAUUGCUGCUCGGAAGCACAUGGACAGAGUGAUACAGAUCGUGGAAAUUAUGCAACAAGGCUCUCAGCUGCCUUGUUUCCAUGGAUCCAGCACUAUUCGAAACCUGAAGGAACGUUUUCAUAUGAAUAUGACUGAAGAACAACUGCAGAUGCUAAUUGAUCAGAUGGUCAAUGGCAGUAUGCGAUCCAUUACCACUAAACUGUAUGAUGGCUUCCAGUACCUCACCAAUGGCAUCAUGUGACAUGAUACCACCCUUUGCUGGCUAAAUGUACCAUGAAGCUCUUUAGAAAUGAAAAAAGUUUGGCAAUCAUCCUGGUCAUGGGAAGAGGAAAAAACAAAAGCAUAAAGAAGAGAAGGGGAACAGUUUUAAUAUAAGAAUGACUGGAUAAUAUUAAGUAGCACCUACUAGUACUGUUGAAAUAUUUUAUUAAAAAGAGAAAAUGCAAACUGUGCAUCAACAACUGUAAAAACCCAAAGGGAUCAUGUAAUAAAUAAACUUUUAAGAUUUAUUUUGAUAUAUGCAGUAAUUGUGGGAGAAAGCCAUACCUCUGGAUUACGUGAAACAACUUUUACACUCGUGAUGAAAGUUGUAAAAUAUGCAUGUCUGUCUUUUGACGGUUCAAGUUUCAGUAUUACAUCUACCAGCAUUAUCUUGCAGCUUACCAUUGUGUUGGAUUUUAUCUUUUUCAGUAACAGUUUUGCAGCUUUUGUUAGCAACCUUGGCUAUCGCAUCUUUCUUUGUCAGCCUAACAGUACUUGCAAGCAUUAACCUGACCUUACCAACCACUGCAGUAUCUCACUCAGCUAAUAAAAGUCAUCCUUAGUCUUUGUAGGCAUAUAUUUUCGGCAAUGGGGCAUUGUCCUAGAAUGCUGAAGUGGAGGUCUGUCAGAAAACGCAGUCCGUCAGUUGCCAGUCACAGUUUUACUUUGUUUUGUGUGGUUUGUUUUCUUCUGAAGCUUUGACAAGAUAUCUGUAAUCAGAAUUAUGUAGUCAUCUACAAGUGAAAAUUGAAAAAGAAUAAUUGCACUACUUAUGUCUGUUGUCUAGUUUUGAUAAGAAUCUGUAGAGUUGUAGAGUUUUUCCCUUUUUUUUUUCUUUCCCCUUAGGAAGUCGGAUUCAUUCUGCUGCCUGUAGCUAACCGAGUCCCAUGUGUACUUUGUAAUAUGAGCAUUUGCACAGUCUUAGGGGCUGCCUAAAGGAUCAGACCACUUAAUGAAGAGUUGGGAAUGGUUUUACAGAGGUGAUAAUUCUUUUAAAAAGAAUUAAGAAUACAUUUUUAAAUACAGGCCACAGACCUAAUUUAUUUUGCUCAGUAUUGUCUGAAGCAAAGAUUUGCCCUUUUUGGAAAGGCUAAAUUUUUAACUGAAUUGGGGGGGGCUCUGGAUUUAUACCAAAGUAUGCUUUCUUAACAGAAACAGUGUUCUUUAAUAUGUGUUACUGUCAGCAUGUUUAAUAUUAGAUGCAUGAGAUUCAACUAAAAAUGUAGAUGCAAUAAAAGUCACAGGUGUUAUUCUUUGUCACCCCUGUUAUGCCAAAACGGAAGGUCUUAGCAUUGUAAGGUCUAGCAUCUAAAAUACACUCAAUACAGCGUAUACCCAACUCAAUAACUUCUGAUGAUGUCUACAUGUAGUAGAUGAAAGCGCUUAACCUAAGUGGUUCAUUUUUAUGUUUUUAUAAAUAAAAGAUAUCUUAUCUGUCCGAGGUUCGUGUGAGCUAUGAUACCUUUUUCAGUGUACUACAGGACUAUUUUUCGUUAAUGUCUAGCAUCUCUUAUAUGCUCCAUAUUGUUUUUAUGCUUUCCUAGCGGAGGUAAGGCAGAGAUUACUGUAGUUGACAGAGGAAGUGUUGGUAAACUCUAAAUGAAUAUACUAGUUUGCUACUGAAAAUGUGUUGUUUUAGAAAACAAACAGUGGAAAGCAUCUCAUUGUAACUUAAAUCUGUUGUAUCUUUCACUGGUUGGGACAAGAAAUGGUAGAGCUGAGCUAGAGUCUUAAAUAUUCUUUUUAAACGGUGAAGUUGCCCAUGUCUAAUCCUGUCUCUCUUCAUUAAAUUAUAAUUAUGUUUCAUGGCAGAGUCAUAAAACCAGCAAAAUAUAAAUUAUUUUAAAGCUGAACAUUUUGAAGGUUCCAUCUUGAACUUUUCACUUUUAGGCAUUGCUGAACUUUUUAUUCUUGUGCUGUUGUGUUGCACAAUUGAGCAACUGUUUUUCCUAUCUUUUGUAAUGUCAACUAUGAGAUAAUCAGUGCCUCAGCAGUAUUCAGAGAAAAAUUGGCGAGAGAGGUUGGAGCAGUUAAUUUUCAAUAAAAAGCAGAUUUUGGCCAUUGCUGUCUGUUUUACUGGCCUCUGUAGUAUUUUGGAAUUGCUCAACUAGUACUUAAAACACUACCUGUGAACAUGAUUUUAAAUGAAUAAUUUAAUAGUAGGCCUUUUAAAAUGCUACAAAGUGUGGGAGUUUGUAUGCUUGUGAUUUAGAUAACCCUUACUACCCAUUGUUGACUGUACUGCUAAAAACAUCACAGUGUAUAAAUCUCCAUUGUGCCUUGCUGUACAUGGCAGACUCGUAUCUUGUAUUCAUUCAUGAUUACCCUAGGAUCCCUUAUCUUUAUAGGUGUCUGCUCUGGAUAUGAUUUUUACUCUUUGCGACUGGCUGCAUAGUUUACAUAUUUGGUCAGUAGCUAUCACAAUGUUCAUACAUUUCUAGCCAACAAACCCUUUUUAUUAACACUUGACAUUGCCAUCUAAAUGCUUCUUCUCUACCAACAUUUUGUACUUUUUACAGAGUUUUGUAUGUUUGGAUUAAUACUGUGAAACUCUUUCUGAACUGUUUGUUAAAGUGAUUUGCCAGUGUUUUGAAACCUACCUUUGCACUACAGCAUGCGAUGCAGAACCUCCCGAACAGCAAUUUCCCCCAUCAGGAAAAGGUUUGGUCAUGACCUUCAUAUUUAAAAUUAAUUUCAAAACUUGUAUUUCCCUUGCAGUGACAUCACUGAGGAAAAACAGUAGGCGUAGCAGAGCACAUGCACGAAGGUGCUCAUUGAAGUCUAUGGACAUAGCUCACAUUACCCUAUGAUAACAUCACAAUUGGAAACGCUACAAUUUUUUCAGCCAUGAUUUAAUAAAAAAAAAUAUAUGAAUUUUUUCAUUAAAAAAUAGCCCAAAAAGUAAAGAAGGGCAAGCUGGAAAAUACAUCACAGCACUUGACUGAUUGGAUGCCACAAUGUAUAUAGAAAUGACUGCAAAUCACUUUAUAGUAGUUACCCACCCAGAAUUAAGAAGGUUAUGAGUGUAGAACAGUAUAUAGCAAGAUUUUUUUACCAAUGAGUUCAAAAACUACAGCGUCUGGCACACCAAAGCAGGUCACUGAGGGGGGAUAUCCCCUCUGUAAGGCUGCAGUAACCAUAGAUUUAUAAUAAAUAUGAGUGCAGGGACAGAUGCCUUUGCACAUGGAGAUUGUAAAGGUUUUGUCUCCACAAAAAACACUUUUUGUAUUUAAAUCCUGCUGUGAGUAUUUAAUUUUUUUUCUAUGUGUGUGAAAUACCAUCCACAUUUGAUUUACUGUUUGCAAACAUGUAAAUGUUAUCUUGCUGACUUAAUGAAGUGUUUAAACUAACCUGUUGUGGUUUUACAACCAUCUGUAAUAUCUAUUUUGACAGAGUUUAUAAAACCCUUCUGCCCCUUUUAGGGAUUCUUGUUUCCAGUGACAGAGAUGCAGUUAAAAUGUGAAUGUGUCAUGUAGGUCUUUGGAAUCCAUUCGUAGCAGUAGCACAAGUGAAUAACCUCCUCAGGCAUAAAAUACUAAUGCUGUGAGUAUAGCAUUCCAGAUACUGCAGAUAAAUUGUAAAUGAAUUUAGUAGCAUGUGUACCUGCAUCUUGAAACCACAUCAUGGCUCUAUCACUGUUGCAUGAAAUAAGGACUACAGAAAGAGAAAUGCUAACAAUGUUUGUAAGAGCUUGAUCCCGUGAAUGGUAGUUUGUGGGGAAAAGUCCGAAUGGGCAACAAGGCUCAUUGGGAUUACAGACACAACAGUGAAAUUUGCGGUGCUUCAGCGGUAUAUAAUUUGCAAAUUAUAGGUGGCUUAAAUUUUAAUCUUUGUUUUUAAUGUUGCUACUGUUUACAUUUCUUUUGUCUCUUUAGAAGACUACAUGUUUUCCCAAAUAAAUGCAGAGGGUCUUAAAUGGAAA